AAAAAAAAAAGGAAGGAAGAAGUAUAAAUAAUAUUUGUUGGUAGGCCAUCAUAUUUCUUAUAGUAUUAUAAUCAAAAUAUAUGGAAGCUGAGGACCCAGGUUGAAAACCGACGUCCCAACAUCCUCCACCUUCACUGACAUACAUACGUCUCCCUUCAUAUCUCGAUUUGGUUUUGUUCUGCCGUUUGAGUGAGAGCGAGCUGGCGUUUGGUACACAUUACAUUGUCUUCCUUAUUUGGUUAAGUGUUAGAUCAAAUUCCAACCCCCAUUUUGAUUAAUUGCUCUCACCUCAAAUCCAAUUGCUUUUGACCACUUUCUCUUUUUUCAAUAAUUAAUUCACCUAAUUUCGGCAAAUUUGUUUGCAUUUUUUUUAACAGAAAGCUUCCCCAAAUCCCUCAAUUUUUCUGGAUCAAUUUCAUUUGUAAUUUGAGCUUUAAAAGACAAUUUGGGAUCUGGGUUUUUCAGAAAUUGGAUUUUCACAAAGAUCCAAUCACCCAAAUCACUACUACUCUCAUCAAUUUCUUUGAUUUCCUUAUUUUAAUUGGGGUUUCUUACCAGAUUUUGCAUGUCCAGCAAGUCAAAAUCAUAUUGUUCUACAAGAACGAUGUUUGCAACUAAUGGAUGGUUUUAUCCAAUAGUUGGUAUAGCAACAUUAGUUGCUUUCAUUUACAUGUCAUUUGGUGGUGAAUUUAACAUUAGAAUUAGUGUGAUUAAGGAACCAAAUUAUAGUUUUGUUGAGAGGGUUGGGAAUCAGUUUAUGUUGGAUGGAAAACCCUUUUAUGUUAAUGGUUGGAACUCUUAUUGGUUAAUGGACCAUGCUGUUGAUGGCUUCAGUAGGCCAAGAGUGAAAGAAAUGCUUCAAGCUGGAUCUAAAAUGGGUCUAACUGUGUGUCGAACUUGGGCUUUUAAUGAUGGUACCUAUCAUGCUCUCCAGCUUUCUCCUGGUGUCUUUGAUGAGCAAGUUUUUCAGGCUUUGGAUUAUGUGAUUGCCGAAGCACGAAAAAGUGGAGUAAGACUGAUUUUAAGUUUAGUUAACAAUUUGAAAGCAUAUGGUGGAAAAACACAAUAUGUGAAGUGGGCUUGGCAAGAGGGCAUUGGGAUUAGCUCUUCCAACGAUUCUUUCUUUUACGAUCCAUCUAUUCAGACGUAUUUCAAGAAUUAUAUCAAGACAGUGCUUACAAGAAAGAAUACCAUUAACGGGAUUGAAUACCGCGAUGAUCCUGUGAUUUUUGCUUGGGAAUUAAUCAAUGAACCACGUUGCAUGUCUGAUCCGACAGGUGACACUCUUCAAGAUUGGAUCAAGGAAAUGUCCGAAUUUAUAAAGGCAAUUGAUGAGAAGCAUCUGGUUACCGUAGGCCUUGAGGGAUUUUAUGGUCCAAAGAGUGCUAAGUCAUCUCUAAACCCCUCAGAAUGGGAAGCCACUAUUGGAACUGAUUUCAUACGCAACAAUGAUUUACCAACAAUUGAUUUUGCUUCUGUUCACAUGUAUCCUGAUCAAUGGCUUUUAGUGGAUAAUCUUGAAGAAAAAUUGGAGUUUGUCAGGAAGUGGGUGUCAUCUCACAUUGAUGAUGGUGAUAAACAACUUAAGAAGCCUGUAAUGUUGACUGAAUUUGGGCUGUCAAGUCAAAACAAGGACUUUGAUCCUUCACACCGAGAUAGGUUGUUCAAACUUGUUUUUGAUAUCAUAUACAAGUCUGCAAAAAAGAAUGGGUCUGGUGCUGGUUCACUUAUUUGGCAGCUCUUCGUAGAUGGAAUGGACGAUUUUCAUGAUGAUUUCGGGUUAAUCCCAUGGAAAAAGCGAUCCACUUAUGACCUGAUAGCUGGGCAGUCGUGCAGGUUGGCUUUAUUGCAUCAACGUUCGAACUUGCAAGGAAGUUUGAGAGAUCUGUGUCGGCGAUCGUGAAUUCUAUACAACUGCAAGAGAAAUCGUAAUUUUCUUACUGCUAGCUUACCGAUUUUAGUUUCUGGAAGUAUGUUCAUUUUUUAUGUUGCAUUGAGCUGUGCAGAUGAUCUUUUUAUGGGUAGAGAAUUGUGCUGUCUAUAUUCUCGAAUUCAUAUAGACAGAAAGAUAAAACUGUAGACUGCAGACGGAUUCACACUACUUGUCAAACUGCCAAUGCUCAAAAUGGCUAUAUUCUCGCAGAUGAUGUCGGUGGCCAUCGUGAACAAGAAUCAUCUAUGACAUCCUUGCAAGUUUGAAGGUCAGAAAUUCGGACGAGAGCAGUUUGGAGGCAUGAUAUCACCAUGUAUAUUGUCAAUGAGCAGAAACUCGUUUUGCCUAGUAGUUUUUGAAAUGUUUUGAUUCUCUUUUAUUUAAUUACCCCAUAAUUUUCAUUUUACUUUUUUUUUUUUUUUUUUUUUCAUUUUUUUAUUAAGUACCCUACAACAUCUUUGUUUAAGAAGGCUUUUAGAUUUCUUUACGCAAAGUUGAUUUGUCACGAAGAAAGGAUUUGUGAACAACUUGGAUGUGUCGGUGGCCUCAGUGCAGUUUGUAUAAAUGUGAUAUGCAGUACCAAUUUUGAUUUCAGUUUGUAUACCCUGACUAUGUAGGUGCAAUUCAUAUUUUUAGAAUAGAAUUCUAGCAUAAACUUAUUUAUCUUAA